GUUUUAUUUGUUUUGCCUUGUGAAAAGAAAGGUUCUUUCUUUAAGAGUGAUAACAAUGAAAACAAGUGGGUUUAUACUUGCAUUUGCGCUGAUGUGGAGGUAUUUUGUUCGCAGAACCAAUGGAGGUAAGACUAGCUAAUAGUACUAGCUUUUUACACUUAAGUUUAUUUCACAUAGUUUUUCAUUCUUCAUCCCAAUGAUCAAUUACAAUAGUCGUAAGAAAACGAGAAACGUGUACUGGCUACUUUUUUUUCACUUCCUCUCUUUGCUUGAUACCAUUGGAGUGAAGCUUUAGUAAAGGUACAUUUUACAUAGGGCCUUGUGAGAUGUUGUUGUUAAGGGCAGUCUACAAUGUAGCUAAAAGCUAAGCCGACAGCUUGGUUGUCUUGUACCCUUAAACCUGUCUUGCAACGAUGGAAAAACAUUAUCGCAAGAAAAUUACAGAAAUUAGUGCAAAAAGACCCAUACAAAGUGUGUGCAACUUGACCGUAAUUUUGAAAUGAUGUUUCUAUUGUAGCUGUUUCUACAUGCCAUUUCUGUCAUUUUUAAUUGAUUAUACUGACCAGGAAUGUCACUAAGAUUUCAAGUUGCUGGGUAACUACAACAAAUAGGCGGGGAAAAAAACAGCUAGGGAUUUCUUUGGUUCUAUUUUUCUUCUAUUUUCCAAUGAAAGUAGCUGAAGACCACAUUCAUAGUAGCCGGUGGAAAUCCUCUGCCCCCACCUCUUAAUGCAUAUAUACCAACUCUCCCAGAUUAUCCUGGAGUCUCCCGGAUACAGCACUGAUCUCCUGCUCUCCCAUAUGGGUCCCCAAACCUCCCGCAUAAAAUGGUCUUUUGAGCUUUUCUGUGCUUUAAUUUGAAAUUUAGCCCAUUUUUUUCUCAAAAUUCCAAUUUUUUUUUAAUUCUUUGGACGGUUUCCGGGACAUUUGCACGUAUUUAGACACUGACAAAGAUUAUUUCAUCAUUAUAAUUAUGAAAGCAAAUUUUGAGAGCACCUACUUCAUGUAAGACUUCAUAUUAUAAUGUCCUAAGCCAUGGUGGCUGGGUCAAUUUGUGGGAAGGUUGUGGGGUGGGGGGUGGUGAAGCUGUUGACAUUUGGGAGGGAGAGAGGAGGGGGGUGUUAGUGCAAAAUAAAGAGUCUACAGAUUUUAGAUGUCCGCAAGUUGGCAUCUCUGUUAAUAACAGUCCUGACGUGACUACUUUGAUUCUUGAUAAAAUGUUGUUUUAAUUUAGCGGUGGUGAAUAUCAACUUAGCUGGAUUCCAGGAUGGUGUACUUAAUGUGCCCCAAAACAAUGAGUUUGGAGAAAUACAAGUAGAUUUAACAGAGGCAGUGACAUCAGUACAGGUUAGCUUAUAAUGUUGAGUAAAAUUCUUUCACUUGCUGGGGAAGAGGAAGGCACCUUUUUGCCUGUAUUCUUAACAAUGUUAUUAUUGGAUGAGGCUGAGGAUGAAACCAAGAAUUUCAUAGAUUGAGGAGGGUGUUAUCCGCCUAGGACAAAGGCAGAUAGCACCCUUCAGGACUUUGCCUAAGUAGUGAUAAAAAUUUAUCAAGUGUAAACAAGAUUAAUUCAUUGACCCAUGUAUUUGCUAUUUAACAACCAGGCCACAGUUGUUUGCAGCUCUUUGGAAACAGGUCCUGGAAUAACAGCUGUAGAGUUUACGAAUGUCUCAGCUCCAGUUGGUACAACACAAGUGGAUGUUUCAUUUAGGUAUGCAAUUUCUGUCCACUCCUAAGUGGACAGAAAACCCUACACAUAUAUGAUUUUGUUUCAACAAUACUGGUAAAUUGGGAAGUUUGUGCUAAAUACAGUGACGUGAACACAUACACUCAUACCUUCUAUGAGACAGUUGCUCUUACAUGUACAAGCUGUUUUUUAAAAGUUUGAUUCUUACCACCAUGAUGUGGUAAUAUUAAUAUAAAAAAGUAGUUUACCCUGUGUAAUUUGUAAGUUCAUUAGCCUUACUUGCCAAGCUUUGGUUGACAGUAGGCCAUAAAUAAUUUUGUUUGAAAUAAAAUGUAAUUCAGGAUUGUACCAUUUAUCUUCGAACGUCAAAAAACUGAUUCAAAAAUACGGUCAACUCUCUCUAAGACGGACAUCUUUGGGACUGGCAUUAAGUGUCCGUCUUAGAGAGCUGUCCGUCUUAUAGGGAGUCAAAGAAAAGGAGUAAAGAAAGGCAGGGACCAACUCUUAAGUGUCCGUUUUACAGAGGUGUUCGUCUUAUAGAGGUGUCCGUCAAGAGAGAGUCGACUGUACUGCACACACUCUAAGACCGACACCUAUGAAACUGGCACUCUGUGUCCAUCUGAGCGAGAUGUCCUUCUCACAAAUUGUCAAUAAAAAGAGUAUAGAAAGACAGGGACCAACUCUAGAUGUCCAUUUUAGCAAGGUGUCUACCUCAUAAAGAUUCAACUAAAAGGUCUAAACAAAGUAAAGAUUUAGGCUGGGACCAUCUCCAGGUGUCUGUUUUAGCAAGGGGUAUAUUUAAAAAGAGUCAACUAAAUGGAGUAAAGAGAGGCAGGGACCCACUCUAAGUGUUCGGUUAAGCAGUUUGUCCAUCUUACAGAGGUGUGCCUUUAGAAAGAGUUGGCUGUAAUAGCUACUGAUUCAGGACAAAUUUCUAAAGUUAAGGUGGUGGCUCACUUAUUGCUUAGAACAUUACUGUAUGCACAGGCUGCUUUACAUUAAUUAUUAACCCCCAUCAUCCUCCUCUUCAUGGCUAAAGUGACUUUCCUUGGAUGCCCUAUGCGUUUUUUAAAAGGUAACUUGACAUAAUUUAUUUUGUACUUUUUACACGUACAGGAUCAUAUCCCCAGGUAGACCUGUUACAAUCCAGUGUUCAGCCCAGAGUGCAGGAAGCAAUCCACAGUUUACAUUACCAGGAUCUAAAGGAAACAAUGGGUGAUUAAGACACUAAAUAUAGUUUCCCUAAAAUAUGUCCUUAACCCUUUAACCACUGUGAAUAUCAAAAUCAAAAUUCUCAUUUGGUGCCCCUGUACAUUUUUACUGAAGAAGUGGGGAGAAGUUGUUGAAGUAUCAACUUAUUAUUUUUGUUGUGAUCAUGUCCUUAACUCUUGUCACCAUUCCAUUUAAAAAGGGUUGAUUUUACAAGGAGAAAUUUGAUGCUGAUCACUCUUAGAGCUUAUGUGCAUGCAAGGUUGAGAUCACCUUUACCUGCAGCCAUGUUAAAAUCUAUCAGAAAGCAUGAUGUGACUUUGAUAUACAUGUACCCGAUUUAAUGAGCCUCACCAUGGCUGCAUUAUACUUAUAUGUAACUUCUACUCUAUUGUUUUUAACUCAUUAAUUCCUUAAGGCUAUCAAUGAAUUUUUGUAGGUGUUGAGGUCAAAUUGGAUUUCAGGAUAAAAUUUUUUAACCUAGGUUGACUCUCAAUUUCCUUUGUUCACUCUGGCUAGAAGAAAAUGGAAAUUGAGAAUCAAACUACAUGUAGGUUAAAACCAAAGGUAUUAUUCAGGUUCAAGAUAUAACCUGAAAUCAAAUUUGAUGUGUAAGAUAAGCACUUCGAUAUGCAAUUGUGUGACUCAGUCACAACAUAGACGUAUACACUGUAUUUUAGUCAUAAUUAGUCAGCUCCAAAAGAGAGGGUCCAAUUGGAAAAGUCUGUAGCAGAUCCACUGAAUGCUCACCGAAACUUUUCAUCACAUUUUUAUGUUGUGACUGGAGACAAUAUCAUGAGACAAAAUGGAAUUUGUGUGUUCUCUGUGACUGUAAUGUGGUAUUUGAAUGGUCAUGUCAUGAAGUGAACCCAAAUAACUUUUGCCCAUGGAUACACUAAGACUGUUUUGCUUUAGUUUAAGCAUUAAAGUUCACAGUCAGUGAGUUGCCCCAAAAUAAAUGCCUGUCUUACUCAGUAACCUUAUCAUGCAAAUGUCAGUCAGGAAUAUUUUAAGUGGAUCAAGUACAUGUUAGAGUCAAGACUUGACCAGCCACCUCUCAUUUAUGUUCCUUCUUACUUAUUUGCUAUCAAUGGAUUUGAUUAUUGGUAAUAAUGCAUUUUGUUUAGCAGCUCACUUCACCCUGUUACCUGUACAUGUAUCUCAAGAUGCCUGAUGUGAAGUACAUGUACUUGUAAGAGGGCUUUUAUGACAUUUAAAUUACUAUUAAUAUCUGUACAUGAUGAGCUUUUAUAGGUUUAUGAACUCUGCUUACAAUGUUUAUUAUUUUUAAAGUAUGACUUUUCUCUAAGUGUUUAAUUCUUUCUCAGGUCCUUGCAUGUCAUUAAAGCACCAACAGUUCACAUUUGUCCUGAUGUCAUCUUAGUUCACAAGUAUCUACUUAAGUCAACUGUUCAAGUGCUGUUCAGGUGCUGUUGUUUAUAAAUAUAAGCUACUUGAUUUAUUUUUGAUAAAAGUUAAGGUUAAGGGUUUUCUUAUUGGGGAAAUGGCACUUAGCUUUAAUACCAAGCUAUAGCUUACAGGCAGUUCUCUCAAAUACUUAGAAACAAGUAAUUCAGAUAUAACAUAACAGGAUUAAAAACCCCAACUGGCAGGAGGAAACCAGUUCGCUAUUACAUGCGUGGCUGAGGAUUUGAACUCGAGAGGAUGGCAAGUGGAGACCCGGCAAGUGACCAGAGUUGGACUCAAAUCUGGGACCACUGGAUUGUGAGUCCGACUUGCUGACCACUCAGCCACACUGGCUCCAUUUUAAACCAAACACUUAACAUGGCAUUUUAAGAAGGUUUAUCACAAGUUAUUAUUAUUUUCUUUUCAAAAGAAGUAAUUAAUAAUAUUAUGAUUUAGGUAGGAUCACUUCUCAGGUUACAGUCAAGCCAGGUCAAAUGUACAGUGUGCCCCCCAAGAUUCCAUGAAUGGAUUUAUUUUCCAAAGGUUGCAACCAUUGUUAGUUGAAGAUCUUAGAUUCAUCUCUGCAUUCCUACAUGCAUGAUAAGCAAUGAAUUCACAUACGAGGUAGUCAUGAAAUUUCUACCAGCUCAAUUUCCAUGGAUUUGGUGGAAAUGUCUUCAAAGCAAUUUUGUCCAUUCAAAGAUUAUUCAAUCUCACCGACUACACACUGCUCAUCAUGCAUGCAGAAUUUGAAACUGGUUUCGGCAACAACUAAUGGAUUCAUUUUUCAAAUAAUUCAUUAAUGGAAUAUUGGGGGAGGGGAGGGGGGGUGGGUAAUUGCGUGACCUGUCUUGACUGUACUGUAAACCAGUACUCAACCUAGUUUGUUCUGGUAUUUUCUUUGUUGUGUUUUCUGGCCCUAAUUAUACAAUGAAGGCAAGGGAAAUUCUGCUAUAAUCGUAGAUUGGAAUUUACCUGCAACAUGUAUCACUCAAUAUUAAAGUCAAUUGUUGUUAUUUGUUGCACAGUGAAAGGAUACAACAGUUUGCGGUCAAAGUGAAAUGUUCUGUAGUUGAACCAGAGCCUGGUUAGUCCAUCAUAUCAUUUAAUAAUAACAAAAUCUUUACCUAGACCCUCUGCAUAAUUAUGUUAACAAUGUAAAAGUAUCAUAAUUAUAGAUUAGUUCUCAUUUAGUUCAGGAUGGCAUGUAGAAUAUAUGCAGCCAUGUCAUCUGACAUGUUGAUGGUCAUGGAGUGGUGGUUGCCGCAGACCAUUGACCAAUAGCUGACAGAUACUGGGCUAACGCCCUGGAUGAUACAUGUAUCUGGACAGAUUUUAAGCAAGGAAAGAGGGUCAAUGUCUCACUCAAGGGACUAGAUCAUGGUCAGUCCAUUACUGUAUGCUUUUGUACAGUAAUCCAUGGACCCCUGAUUGGGCCAUUUAAGCUGUGACUCUGCCAUUACUUGUCUCUCAGUUCUUUGUAAACACUUGGUUACUGUGUAAUUCACAUGCUUGGCCUAAGAUGGACCCUUCUUAGUUUCCCACAUUCCCAGUUGAGUGCUGACUGUCAGAAAAAAAAAUGAACAAAGGGGAGAACCAGCCAAAUUAACAUUAAUUUUUAUAACUACCGGUAGUCAUAGUAGUAGUACGCCAAUAUUAAUAGGGCAAAUCGACUUAACAGAACAAAUAUUAGACCUAAACUUCUUUCUUAAAGAAAAAGGUACAGUUUCUGCUUUGUUUUACUGACUAAGACGUAAUGGUACAAUUUAACUUGUACCAUUAAACUUUUUUUAAAAAAAGGUAUAUUUUGAUCCUUUUUUUAUGAUUCUGUAUGUCUAGGUGGUCCAGCAGUGUUGCAGUUAAGAUUUACAGAAACUAGUGUGGUUCCUGAUGUCAUUGAAACCCAGGUACCACUUGUUUUAUGGUGGCUCACAAUGAUUGCUGAAUUUUUUUAGCAAUUCCCUGAUAUGUGGAUAAUACUUCCCCUCUUUUAACCGCAGUAGGAUUCAGUGCUCAGUCGGUAAAGCACUGGACUGCAAAGCGGGAGGUCAUGGGUUUGAUUCCCAGGGCUGCACCACUACCCAGGGUCUUAAAAUAAUUGAGAAAUUAAAUUGCUGCUUUUGCCUAGCAAAUGGUUAGACCUUUGUUUGGCUCAGAUAGCCACGUAAAAUGGUGGUCCUGUCUCCGGAAGGAGACAUAAUAAUAGUGUGCCCAAUUAGUACUUUUGUGCUAAAUACAUUGACACUCAAUUAUGAAGGUGCAUCUUUUUUUCCAAAUGACGUAACAACAGCUGCAUCAAACAAAUGCCCAGUCACUAGUAGACAUGACACCGUCACAUUCUUGGUGCACAAAAUUCCCAUGGCAGUGGUAAACUUAAAAAUGCUGCUAACUCAAAAUGGGUUUGCUAAGGAUGUCUAUGACAAACUGUUCCUGUUCUGGCAACCUAAAAAAUGUCAACAAACUUUACAUGAUAUUUGUUCACCAAUAAAGGGGCGGAAUCCUGAUGCAAUGAGGCACCCGGAGACUGGGGAAAUGUGUUCCUUGGUGUGUUAUAUCAAGGUCCUCUUCCUUACAUUUUACCGUAGCUGGGGCAAAGAAAAUCAUUGUAUACUGGGAGUUCGUUUUAUUUUCGAGGGGUUCAUUUUAUCAAGGUUCCACCUUGAGGGGGUAAUUUUGAAACAUACCAUUAAUUUACCAUUAAAGUGAAAGUACUAAAAGACGCUCAAAAGGGAGAUAUAAAUACUUGAGGAAAUAAGGUCUUUGGUUUUGUAUCCCAACAAUUAAAUUUUCGUUCUUUCCUGUCUGAUUCAAGUAACCGAUCAACUGGCUUUUUCGUUCAACUGUUGUAGGUUUCGUAUGAGAUUGUUGCACUUGGUGCUCCUGUGCAAGUGGUCUGUAGUGCACAGUCGACCAACCUUACUGCAAUCCCAACACCACUGAACCCUCCAGUUCCAACACCCUCAACUCCUCAGCUAUCAAGCAGUGUGAAUCAGACGUCUGUAUCAGCCACAAGUGUAAAUGCAUCUGCAUCAGUUAUUGGAGGUAGUUCGAAGAGGAGGCGGAGAAGAAGCAUCCUUUCUAGUAACAGGACAGUACUUCAGUAUCAGUUUAGCACUUCAGCAGGUAAUGCAAGUAACUCAAACUGAAUCCUGUCACGUUGCCACCAGACCAUCUCGCCACCAACCAAAUCGCUAUCAAGAGGUCGAUUCGCUGCCAACCAAAUCGCCACCAAGACUAGUAACUCUAAAUACCAAGGAUUAUACCGUAAAUCCCCCCCCCCCGGGGAGCUUAUUUAUUUCAAGCCCAUUUGAGGGAGGGGGGCUUAAUGGAGACGGGGGGCUUAUUUGAGAGGGGGGGAUUUCUUAGUUUAGAAAUGACAUUGGUAUCACUUCUCCAUAAAAAACCAGAAUACGAAGUGGAAAAGCUCAAGUACAAGAAGUUUUAGGUCACACAGCCGAGGAUCAGAAUCAAAUGCGAUUUUCCAGUUGUUAAAUAAACCAUCCUGGAUCAGUCCACACGAAGUUUUACAGUCGUGGUUGAUUAAUACAAGCUAUCAAUUAUUAGUGAAGAAUAAAUGGGGGCGGGGGGGCUUAUUAACUUUCUUCCCCUUAAAAGGGGCAGGCUUAUUUGAGAGGGGGGCGCUUAAUAGAGAGGGGAGGCUUAUUAACUUUCUUCCCCUUAAAAGGGGCAGGCUUAUUUGAGAGGGGGGCGCUUAAUAGAGAGGGGAGGCUUAUUAACUUUCUUCCCCUUAAAAGGGGAAGGCUUAUUUGAGACGGGGCGCUUAAUAGAGAGGGGAGGCUUAUUAACUUUCUUCCCCUUAAAAGGGGAAGGCUUAUUUGAGAGGGGGAGGGGGGGAGCUUAAUAGAGGAUUUACGGUAAGACAGUGCGGACCGGUUUCCAUGUAAUAACAUGUUUAGUUCUUUCUUAACUUAAGUUGAUCCUAAUUGAAACAUGCGUCGAAUUUCCCAUGUUCUUACUGACAUAAUGCAAUACUGACAUGAUAGAUUCAACGUUUAAGAUAUGCCGUAAAAGUAUCAAACAUCGCGGCGGAUGUGCUUAACGGAGACAUAAAAAUAUUAAAUGGAAACCGAUUAUAUGGAUUUCGUGUUAUAUCAUCUUACGUCCUUGGUAAGUGGGUCAGUUAUAGGGGGUAUUAGUCUUGGUGGCGAGUUGGUUGAGAGCGAGUCCACUUCUUGUGGCGAUUUCGUCGGUGGCGAGAUGGGGGCGAGAUGACCGUAAAUCAUAUCAUGAGUCACCCAGGUGACACCCAGAAGGGUACUUAAGGCAACUUUUGCUGGGUAAUGCUACUACUUUGUGGCCUUAUAAUGUUCCAACUCCAUUACAGUCUAUGGAGAGCUUGCUCGCGGGUUAUAGCCUUUACUACCUCGUUCCCCUGGUCCCACGGACCCCUGCACCGAGAGAGAGGGAGACAAGGAAAGGACCCUGGGAACGAUGUUGUAGCCAAUAAAAUUGUAGACCCUGUCUAAGUCCGGUUUUUGCAGAUUGUUGAUCUCAGCUUUGUUUUCAAAAUGUGCGACGCCAGUUUUAGACAAAGAAGUAUUUUUUUUUCCUUUUUUUCUACAGGGCCUCCUGUAACGUUCGCUCUGGACGUGUCUCCUCUACGGAUUAUACCACGAGCUGGCUUUAUCCGGGCACCUAACGGCAGUUUCAGUGCAGUCCUGGCACUAAACCAACCAGCUGACAACACCGUGGACAUCACGUGUUCUCUAGACACGGUGUCGCCAGGGGCCGACUUAAGUAAUACUUUAGGGCUGUGUUCCAAUGCGCCAACAGAUAAAUUGACAUUUGCAAACAGUACUGUGGAGAUAAAACUCGACACUGUUACAAUUGAGUUCCGGGUCAGAUUUACUGUAGAGAUUUGAAAAAUUACAUCUUUGUUUACUAUUAUACUUUGUUAACUUCGAAUUUUAACAGGACGAAGCGCAAUUAGUUUUCGUCUUUUAAACUAUACUAACAAAGUGUAGAUUGCGAGUCAUUUCUUACAAUAAGCCCUACUAGGGAGUUUUUGCAACAAUGAGACAGCAGCAGAAACGUCAGUAUAAAAAAUAAGUUCGCGUUUUGUGAAUCUUGGUGAUUCUGAUUUAAAAGUGACAAACCUAGGUGAAUUUUCCGGGAGUUGAAUUCUCGGGACUCGGGACCACUCCCUAGUUAAGAAAGAGAAAAAAAUAUUCUUCGUUUUGUGUUUACAUACGUCCUCCACAAGACAUCUCAAGAGGCGGGCGGUAUUUUCACAUCUUCGUUGUGCAGUGAACAAAAUUAUGUGAUGCAUGUGCCAAAUUGUUAUUUGUCCAUUACAUUUACGGUGUUACCGCUUUGUCGUGAUUGCUAGAACCAACUAAUUUUGUAAGGGGGUGGUGGAACUGUCGGCAUAGUCUACAUGCAGCUCCACCCUCCCCCUGAAAAAAGAAAAAUGGUGAGAGUUCGUGAUUGUCGUUUUGCUUAUUCGGAUGCACCUUAGGGAGGUGGGGAGGGGGCACGGAGGCUGGGUGCGGCUACUUGUAGGCUUUAUUUCGUAGAAGUGGCAGAACACGUGGGCAUCGCCGCUUUUAGUGAGUACAGUAUGGGUGAUAAUUCCUUCAGCACCUUGCUAACCGUUUAGGCAAAAAAAUUGGACAAUUUUUUUUUUCUUAUCAACGGAAGAGAACGCUAUUACAUAUCUGUAGUUUAAAGAACUUCC